AUAUGUAUUCAUAUUUAUAUAUGUCCAUACCACAUGGGUUAUAUCAUUACGAAAUAAAAUGGUAUUGUAAUGAAAAAUUAUAAAAAUUGAUAAAAAAACUAAAAUAUUAAAUAAUUUGUGAAUGAAAAUAUGUCAGACGAUUAUCAGCGAUUAGCAGUUCAUUAUUCGGCGUGCAACGAGCAUUUUUUUAACACCCAAAAGUGUGAAAGAGAAUAUCCGCUUCGACGAGUAAUUGGGGAGUGUACACAAUAUUACGUUGAUUUACAAAAGUGUAUAAGACGUCAAAGGAGAAUUCAACAAGAAGCAAACAACAAAUUAGCCAUAGAAAGGAGAGAAAAAAUAAAACAAAAAUUAGCUGAAAAUAGAGAGAAUUUAAUGUAAAAGUACAGUUAAUUUUAUUUAAAAUAUAAUAUUACAAAAUGGAUGAUAUCAAUGAGCAGGAUGAUGAGAUGGAAGUAAAAGCUGAGAAUGAAAUUGAGGGAAAGGAUGAAGAGAUAGAUGACGGUGAUGAUGGAUAUGAGUUUCCUCCUGAUGACAAUGUCGUUGACAUGCUGGAUGAGGUGCCACUGGAUCAAGAAUUAAAGUGCGUAACUGACAGAUAUUUUACUCCAUACUACAAACUAGAUGCGCAAAAAAAAAAUAAUGAUAUCUGUAUUAGAAUACACAGCAAUCGUAUCUGCAUGAUAUCUUUGGCGCCAAGUCAUCCGGUCAUGCAGAAAUGUAAUGAAAUAGAAAAAAUAAAUUUUAAAGUCACUGAAAAAUUGGACAGGGCGUCUAAUAAAGUAUCAGGUAAAGGCAAACAUGGCGCGCAGCCACUGCAGGAAAACUCAAAUAUUUGUUUCAUCACUCUGACAAACGGGGAAACCUGGCCUAUAAAAUGUUGCAUGAUUGGUAAAUUGAUUGAAGUUAAUCUGGAGCUGGUAAAUAAUCCUCAGCUGAUUCGAGAACUCCCUCACAGGGGAGGAUAUCUUGCUAUCGUGUUACCAAAUAUUAAAGUCCACGAGACGAUGAGGGACAAACUUCUGGACGAAGAAAGUUACCUGAAAGCUGUUGCUCAGCGGGAAGAAAAUCCUGAUAUUGAAAACAGCAAUGCAAUUAAACGAGGGAGGAAUGACGGGGACGCGCCAGAGAGAGAAGCAAAAGUAAUAAAAACUUUAGAGUAGAUAUUUUUGUUUAUUGUGUAACAUAAAUCAUGUGAAAUAAAUUAAGCAUUUGUACUUUAUUCACUACACAGUAAAAUACAUAUUUAUAAUUAUU